CCCCGAAAAGCCCUGCAACUUUUUGUCUUGUCCCCGAAGGGAGGUUCCCCGCUGCGAUUUAAUUUUUUGUUCUGUUUGUUUCUCGGCUUUCUUUUCCUCAGUGGCCGGUCUCAAUAGAAGGGAGGGGAAGCGCGCGUUUUUGUUUUUCUUCCAGCAAAGUAAUUUUAAAGUUAAUCUUAAAGUGGUUGUUGAAAUAAAAGCUUUCCAAAGUGACUAAAUUAGAUUAAAAUGGGAUUUCUUUUUAAAAUUGGAGCUCCCGCAGGAGGGAGGUGGGAUUUAAGCAAGAGUCCUGCCCUGUAAGUGUUCAGGAAGGUGAACAGUCCCCCGUUUCCAUCCUUUUGGUUUCUGCCUCCGUUUUCCUCUCUUCCCUUUACUUGUUGGCUCUGCUGCUGCUGUCCUCUCUCUUGCACCUCCAAGACGGAGGCUCUGCCCAUCUCUGUCUUACCAGCUAAUCUUUCUUGUUCCUUUUUUGCAGUCUUUUAGGUUUUAACGGUUCUCACGCACGUCUCAGAUUGCUGAGGACAAGAAAUCUGUGAUGGACUCAUUUGGUUUUGCCUGGGUCUGGAGGCAGGAGUUCUGUGCGGAAGAUGGGCAGAGAGCCGCUUUGGCGUCUAAGGCCUGGGUCCCGAGGCUGCAAUUUUACAGCAGGGGAAAAGCCCUGUUGAGCUCAGUGGGAUCUGCUCCCAAGCAGGCGUGAGAUCGGGCGGACGCUGCCUUUGUCCGGCACUUGGGGAUCCCUAGAACAGCCCUGGAAGGCACGGCCACGCCCACUCGCCGUCGCGCGUCCGCCCCGCCCCGGGAAGAGGGUUGCAGCCGGGACCCGCAGCCUCUGCACGUGGGAACGCAGGACCUGAAGCGGGUUUCCCGGGAGAUGCGGUUCCUUCGGCUCUGGAGGAGGACCUGGGCGAGGAGGAGCGGCCUCCGCAGAGAGUACACGACGGGAGCUCUGCCCUCCGAAGUCGCCGAGCGCCUCGCCUUUUACGAGAGGCUCAAAGCCGCCGCGGACGAGCGCCAAGCCAAGCGGGCCCGCCGGGAGAAGCGCCCGAUCUUGGUUUCCCUGCCGGACGGCCGACGCGUCGAGGGCGAAUCCUGGACUAGCACCCCUUAUCGGCUGGCCCUGCAGAUCAGCCAGAGUUUGGCCAAGACCGUGGUAACAGCGCGGGUGAACGGAAGCCUGUAUGACUUGGACCGUCCUCUGGAGGGUGACGCCACCAUGGAAUUUGUGGGUUUUGAUUCGCAGGCUGGGCAAGAGCUCUUCUGGCAUUCCAGUGCCCACCUCCUGGGGGAGGCUGCUGAGCGCUUCUAUGGCGCCCUCCUGUGCCACGGGCCCAGCACCGAACAGGGCUUCUUCUAUGACGUCUACUUGGACAAGGAACGGAAGGUGUCCAGUAAAGACCUGCCCGCGCUGGAAGAGAUCUGCAAGGCCACCGUGGCAGCCGAGGCCCCUUUUGAGCGGCUGGAAGUUUCCCGAGAGGAUCUGAUGGAGCUGUUCAAGCAUAACCGAUUCAAGCUGGAGAUCAUCAAGCAGCGGGUGAAGUCUCCGACCGCCACGGUGUACAGGUGUGGGACGUUAGUCGACCUCUGCCAGGGGCCCCACCUCCGGCACAGCGGGGAGGUCCGAGCCCUGAAACUGCUCAAGAACGCUGCCUCCUCCUGGCAGGGAGACCCCUCCAAGGAGACCCUGCAGCGCAUUUAUGGCAUCUCCUUCCCGAGCCCUCAGCAGUUGGCAACAUGGGAACGGGCCCAGGAAGAGGCUGCCCAGCGGGACCACCGGCGCAUCGGAAAGGACCAGGAACUCUUCUUCUUCCAUCAGUUGAGUCCCGGAAGUUGCUUCUUCCUCCCCAAAGGGACCCUCAUCUACACCACCCUCAUGGACUUUAUCAAGAGCGAGUACCUGAAGCGAGGCUUUUCUGAAGUGAUCACCCCCAACAUCUUCAACGCGAAGCUCUGGGAGACCUCUGGGCACUGGCAGCACUACAGCGAGAGCAUGUUUUCCUUCCGCGUGGAGGACCAGAUGUUUGCUCUCAAGCCCAUGAACUGCCCCGGCCACUGCCUCAUGUUUGGCCACCGGCCCCGAUCCUGGCGGGAGCUGCCCCUGCGCUUGGCCGACUUCGGGGUGCUCCAUCGCAACGAGGCCUCGGGGGCCCUGAUGGGGCUGACGCGCGUCCGUCGCUUCCAGCAGGACGAUGCCCACAUCUUCUGCUCCGUGGAUCAGCUGGAGGGGGAGAUCAGAGGCUGCCUCGAUUUCCUGCAGGCCGUUUACUGCGUCUUCGGAUUCAGCUUCCGCUUCUUUCUCUCCACCCGCCCCGCGCACUUUCUUGGGGAGCCACCUCUCUGGGAUCAGGCCGAGCAGCUGCUGGAAAAGAGCCUCCGGGAUUUCGGCCAGCCGUGGGAACUCAACCCUGGGGACGGCGCCUUCUAUGGGCCCAAGGUGGACGUUCAGAUCCAGGAUGCCCUGGGGCGAUUCCACCAGUGUGGCACCAUUCAGCUGGACUUCCAGAUGCCGCUUCGCUUCGACCUCUCCUACAAGGGGAGAGAUGGCGGGGCCCCAGAGAGGCCGGUCCUGAUCCACCGGGCGGUGCUGGGCUCCGUGGAGCGGAUGCUGGCGGUCCUGGCCGAGAACUACGGGGGCAAGUGGCCCUUCUGGCUGUCCCCCUCCCAAAUCAUGGUCAUCCCGGUCGGCCCAGACGCAGAGGAGUACGCCAGCGAGGUCCAGCAGCUCUUCCACCAGGCGGGAUUCAGGACAGACCUAGACGCCGAUUCGGGAGCGACCCUCAACCGCAAAAUCCGAAGAGCCCAGCUGGCACAGUGCAAUUUCCAGUUUGUGGUCGGCCAGAAGGAGAUGACCCGCCGCACCGUGAACGUCCGCACCCGGGACAACCGCCAGCACGGCGAGAGAGAUUUGCACGAGGUCCAGAGCCGGCUCCGAGAACUCCAGGACAGGCGGGUCAGAAACGCCGAGGAGCUCUUUUGAGCAAAACGUGGUUUCCCUGCAGGGCUGGCGGGGCUCUUGGGUGCAGGAGGGGGCCUCCGAGGCUUCCACGCUUCGUUACGAGGGCCUAGUCCUCACCGAGGAACGCCGAGGGCCCAGGAGCCCCGUCUCCCUCCUUGCUGACUGUUCAGGAGAGGGCACCCUCCGUGGGCGGGUCCGGUUUCCCGGAGCACCUGGCAUUGCUCAGGGAUGAGUCGUCUGCACAAGGGCAGUGCUAAGCCGCGUUCUGGAGGUUCUCAGGAGCUCUCAGACGUGGGGCCGGGGCCCUGCCCGCCCCGUUCACGCCCUUUCCCGGAUGCCUGCGGGGGGUUGCUGCAAAAGCCAGGCCCGACGGAGGGGGGGGCAGUCAGCUCACAACUUCCAGGUUGGCUCUGGAGCCACUGGCAGGUCCCCACCAAGGCCCCUCCCCAGGAUGCUUUGAUGCACCUGCUGAUAAGGGCUGGGGCCCCAAGCGGUCCAGGGAGUGACUCAGAGGAAGCUCUUGGGGGGGCCUCCCCCCAGCUGACUCAGAAGCUGUUCUCCCCCCCCGCCGCCCCGGCUUAAGAGCUGGACACGGUCCCAAAUCCUCAGGGGAGGGGCUUGGGAGGGGGCUGGCAGUGCAAUUUGAGUUUCCUUGCAAGCCCCCUCCCCCAGCAGCCAUUGGAAGGGCUGGGAGGCCUCCGAUCCCACUUGGCAUGCCUGCGACCCCUCCGUGAAGCAGAGCCUCCAUGCUCUGGGGCAGUCGGCCUUCGCACACAGGGAAGUCUCCUCUCGAGGGAACAGGACGUGCUGGACAAACAGGACUCCUGAGUGUGUUGUGGGUCGGUGUGACGCAGCGGCUUUUUCUCUCUCGUCUCCAAAAAGUGGUUUGGGCACAGGAGGUGACUCGGUCAGUCAGCCAACGCUGACUCAGUCAAACUUGAACCCAGGUGUGUCUCGGCUGGCUGCUUUUCCUCUUCCUCGGAAGCUCAGAACAGCUUGCAGGGCUGAGCGGAGACCGGCUGUUGCCUAAAGAACUGGUUGAGAAUGGCCGGCAGGCGCUGGGCUGGGGGGCCCUUCCUUAACGGCUCCCAGAAGGCUGGCAUGUUUUAGAAAAGGCCUGGGCCUGAUCCCAGCGAUGUCUUGCUUCCAAGAUGGGAGAUUCCCUUGGCACGCGCCCCCCCGUGGCUUUAUGGGGGCCGGGGUCUCCCAAGGGAGAGAGCUGGGCUCUGGAGGCCGGAGAGCCAGUAGCCCCAGCGGUGCUUUUCGGAUGUCCCAAACAGCCGUAGAACAAACCCGGUGUUUGCCGCUCCAGAGUAGGGGGAGCUUUUGGGGGGCAGAGCUCAUCCUCUGCCAAGCGCCCCCUCCCUGCGCUUGGGACCCCCUUGGAACCAGCACCGAGGAGGGCUCCCGUCUUGCCCAACCCUCACCCUGUCCCUGCUGAGGUUCAGUAGAUGGGCGGUCCGCCUCUUUGCGGAACAGCCGGCUGUCGGGGAGACUUCCCGGGCCAAAGUGGGCGGACGCGCGAGGCCCCUUCGUCAUCGGUUGCCGACCAGGGUGACAGCGACCAGCCCGUUCCUGGCAUCGUAUGCCUCUUCUCUUCUGUUGGGACCGAGCGCUCGCUUUGACCCCAAGCCGGGCAAAGGGAGAAUAAACCACUAGGCCGUGAUUCAAGUUUGCACCUGCCAGGGAGUAACCCUGUUUAGUCUAAUCAAGAAAAAGGCCCUUCAGAGGCAUCCUGGCCGGGGCCUCCCCGUGCACCGGACGCGGGGAGGAGAGGCCAGAUCCCUAAACGUGGCGAAGAGGGUUCGCGCUGCCGUUUGGAAAAGCGUGUCCAAAGCAUGUUUCAGGUGUAGGAAAAUGAAAUAAACCCUUUUAAAUCUGCACUGGUUUAAUUCAGUUCCUUAAUUUGGGGGGCUUGCUGUUAGUCAUUUGUAACGUGGAGGACCGGUGCUCUGCCCAUGCUCAGGAGCGCGCUUUGUUGCUUUAACCAGUGUAGAAUUUGGACUUGGAUCUUGGGGUCCCCUGCCUGCUAAAUGGCGCACGAUCGGAUCGCCUCUCUCCAGGUUACACUGGAUGGUUCUAACGUGGAGGCUCAUUAUGGGAUGGGGCCCACGUCUGCUGAGCCGUGCAGAGUCCCCUUGGGUUGCAUCUGGUUCUCGUUUGGGGACCGCGGGCACUGGGAAGCCUCCCACGCCACUGGGGUCCCCAUCUUCUUGGGCUGCGGACGCGUCCCCCAGGCCCCCUUUGACCUUCACCCCUUGGCAUGGAGCAGGGGCUGCCCCAAGUUUCAAAAGAGCCAGUGGGCACGUCGCCGGGGCCUCCACCUGCCCGUCUUGCUGUCAGCGGGCACGUUUCUGUUACUCAUUUUUCCCCGCAGCACCUUGGCAGGAAUGGCGGGCCUGCCUUUGCCCUCUUUGCGGCUUGGCGAAAGGAGGAGGGAGCCCCGUUCGGGAUUCGAGGGGGGGGUUUUCAUUUUCAUAACAUGCCACUUGUUUCUCAAGGAGCUUACGUGUCAGCGCAAUGUUUGUCUUUCACAACUGCUGUCCCCACCACCCGGCUGUUUUCCAGGGAGCCGGGGCGACUCAUGUGAGCGAAGAGUGACUUGGAGGCCUGUUGCAACCCGGCUCGCCUCCCACUGGCGGGCAUCAUGCUCGGUUGCCCUUGUGCAAUCGGGCCCCUGACACCCACCCCCACACCUGUUCCCUGCAGACUGGUUUGUUUUCUAAACCGUAAAUAAGGACCCUUAAAAAUUCCACUCGUCUGAGAAAGGUUUCCUCCCCCCGCUUUUUGUUUUUAACUUUCCUGGCGGAAUGGAAGAUUCUGCACCCGAGCGGUUGAAUUGUGCAAGCCGCCCGUUUGCCACCACGCAACUUGCCUUGGGGAGACAGAGACGCUUCAAAGAGGCGUGAAAGUCUCCUAAUGCCCCUCCCCAGUGUGGCCAAAAUUCAGGAGGCGCCUUUUCAAAUGUUACGAAAGGGCACGGAGGGAGCCUUAAUAAAAUGCCUUUUAAUAAAAGGGGCUAGUUGGAAAAGGUGUUCCCAGAUUCCUGAUUCUGACCCCCCGCAAACUGACAUGGCCUCCUCCUACAAUAUCUGCAUGGAAAUGGGGAUAAGCAAAGGGGAAGAAAACAUGUUUAACAGCUGAACCAUUCAGGACAAGCAUUUAGGGCCAUAAGAAGGUUAUAAUCAAUAAAAAAUAGCAUGAGUUCAGCUUGGUUCCUGCUAACUCCAGGCCCACGUCCAUGAUAUCUUCCGGGUAGCAGGAUAGAGGUGGUUUCCCAUCGCCACCUUCCAAUUUUUUGGGGGGGGGAUUCUGGUCUACCUGGAUUUCCUUGUGGCCUCCCAUCCAAGGCUCAACUGGGUUCAACUUGACUUGGCCAGGGGCUGCCCUCAAAUUCUUGAUUGCUUGGUCUGGAUGACUUUGUCUCUCAAUUGGACCACCGAAGCAGCCUGGGAUUGGGGGUGAGACCCUGACGCUCCCCAUUUGCAGCUGUGAACCCCAGCGGUGUGAGAAAGGGGUGGCAAAGGCCGACCCACAUCCUGCCCGCUUCUCGUAAAGGGUUUCCUCCCACGAGAAGAGAAGAGGCGCUGGACAAACCCGCGGUUGUGUUUGCGUGCAAAUCCGUGCCAUUCUGGAGGUUCCAAAUUAAA